AUGUCCGGAGGAGACGCUGCUGAAUUAUCAUUGGCCGAAACCCUUAAAGCCAUGCAACAAACCAUGUCGGAAAUGUCGCAGAAGUUCUCGAAUGUGGAAAAGGCUGUCGACACGUUACAAACAUCCCAGGUCGCCGACAAACACCGUCGCUUGUGUGAGGAAAGGCAGCGGCUAGGUCUCAAAAGGCAAACACUCGAGGCUCGCAUCGCUCGGGUGGAGAGGAAGAUAAGGGCUCUGGAAAGUGAUCCCUUUCAAUGGGAAUGGCGGAACUUCGAUUCUGUUGCUGAGAUCCCGAAGAUGCUUCGGAUGUAUCUCCGUGCUAAAGGAGUUCCGGGUCCUGUGAAUGCUCCGGUCCACACCGUUCCAUCUGAUAGCGAGGAAGAAGACGAGGAGGAGGCCAGUACCAGUCGGAAACGCGUUCGGGAUCGUCCCGAAGUGGAUGCCAAGAACAAGGCGUCCACUUUGAAAACUAAACCGGCGAUGAAGGAGCCUGUUCCUGAGCCUCUUCCAUAA